CCAGCGCGCGCUUUAUUCGUUCCGAUUGAAAAAACCCGCCAUCUUAAAAAACCGCCAAUUUAAAAUCGCCAUUUUUUUUUCGAAACUAGUGUUGUGCGUGAAGUGAAGUGUUAGUGCGUAGGAAUGCGUGCCAGCAUACGUCCUCUCGCUUCGAGCGCUGAUCGAUAAAUGACCGAAUUCGAAAUUCAAAAUGGGCGGCGUGCACAGCAGCGCCAACAGCCGGAAGUGGGCGCGGGAGCACCAACAUGCGGAGAGCUCCAGGGUGCUGUUCCUGCUGUACCUGGUGCACAGGACAUGGAACGUGCUGAUGGAGCAUGUGGAGACGAAGAGCGCCAGAUGGCGCGGCUCGCACACAGUACCUAGCUCGGCGGCGGCGGGUCGCAGGUUCGACUCCGUCAGCCUGUCCUCGUGCUCCUCCUGCAGCUGCCAGGAGGACUGCUCGCAGGACUGUGUCAGUGAGCUGUCGGCUGUGAAGAAUAUGGCGGCGUGCGGGGGCUGGGCCGAGGAGCCCGUGUCUAAGGACAAGCAGCGGCCUCCGAUCUACAACCCCGAGGACUACGCGACCUCCCUCAAGAAGUGGGGGAAGAAGAUGGCGGCGGGCAACCUGUACGAGCCGGAGGAGAACAAGGCCAGGACCCUGCCCGCGCAAGGGAGCAAGGACUUCAGGAAUCCUUGUCUGAACGUGGGCGAGGAGAUGAGCCUGCGGCAGUUCGCCACGCCCAGCGAGCUGCUCACCAAGCUGCGGGCUGACCUCCGUCUGUCCUUCCCCAGUUUCGUCCAGGAGUUCGCGUGCGAGCCGCUGGACGGUGUGACGUUGCUGCUGGAACUGCUGCGGAAUAUCCAGCUGAGCCAGGCGGGGGACGGGGCGAGAGGACCGCCUGCAGUCAGGAGGAGGCCGCUGUUGGAUGAGCUGGCUUGCUUGCAAUGUCUCUGGAGUUGCUGUUCCCGCUACGGCGACUGCGCGCGGCGGCUGGUGGCAAACUCCAGUGGGGUGUACGCGCUCACCGUCUGCAUCAUGUCCACCGUCAACAAGUCCAGGGUCAUCGCUUUACAGCUGCUGACAAAAGCAUGUUCCCCCGGGGCGGGUGGUCACAGCAUGGUCUCCGAAGCUCUAUCCACCCUCCGUCUGCGGUACGGCGAACCAGUCCGCUUCAGGUUCCUAGUGGGCAUGCUGCAGAGUGGAGGUGGCACCGGCGACCUUCAAGCUGCAGGACUAUCCUUUAUCAAUACACUGCUGUCAAGCGCCCCGUCUCCGCAGAGGAAAUUGUACAUACAGGCCGAAUUGGAACAGGCUGGGUUCGAUAUCGUCACGUUGAAGAAGAUAAUUGCAAAGCUUCCAAACACGAGUGACUACUUACAACAGGAGAUAGAAGAAUAUGAGAAGCAACUAAUUGACGUUGAUACGCUUAGUGAAAAGGCUAACGAAGCGCAAAAAGAGAAAGAUGAUCUUAGGCACAAAUUGGAACUUUUAGAAAAGAGAGUAAAGAUAUUACAAGAAGAGAAGGGAAUUCUUUUAUCAUUGGAGAAAUGUUUAAAAGAGAAGUGUUGCGAGCUACAAGAAGAAGUGAGCACUUUGAGAUCAGAACAUAGCAAUUCUGGCAGGAAGAAGACGUUUGUGAUGAAGAAGAAGACGCCAGCUCACAGAUCACGAGACGAAUCGUCGCCACCAGAGGACGAAGGUAUAAGUUCCUCCGAAAGGUCUUUGAGCCCUGAAGGAGAUCCACAAAGGGAACCAUUGGUAUAUGAAGUAUUUAACAUUAAAAAUGAAACCUACGAUCUUAGGAGAAACAAGAGAACAGCACAUAAGAAGAUUGAAGGCAACAAAAAGACUGAAUACAAAAAAUAUUCUGAAGACGAAGAGGAAACCACAAUAGAUGAAGUAAUACAGGAACUAAGAAAUAUAGUUAAUCAUGCGGAAUCAGAACAGACUUCGGGAAAUCAGUACUCUGAAAAUAGGAGUCGUAGUCGUAAAAAUUCAGAGUUAUCCAUGAGUGGCUUUGAAUACAACAAAAGCAGUGACAAGGAAGACUCAAUAACAAAUACAAGACAUAGUAUUCAAAUCACUAACUCCCCUGACAUUGAUGAUGAUAAUAAUGAAGAAGAGGAAAUAGUACCAAGUAAAAUACUACCCCUCCCACCUAGACGAUCUAAGAGUCUUAUUCAUUUGUUUAUGCCUCCCGUUGAACAGGGUUUACUAUACAGUAAAGCACCAGACAUUUAUGAAGACAAUAACUUCUACUCUAGCGACGAAGGAUCGGAUUCAUUGCUUAGUGCAUCUAGAUGUCAAAUUAAUCACAUCACUAAACAAGAUUCUAUAACUAGUUUUGAUUUCAAUGAAUGUAGAGCUAAAUUCGACGCCGUGGUAGAUAAUAAUAAGGAUGAAAAUCGCACUAAGCGGUCAAGAACAAGAUCUAGGGAAGAAUAUAAGAGAACGUCUGUCAAACGAAGUGAGUCUUUCCAGACAUCUGAAAAAGGAUCCAGGCAGCGAGAAUACAUAGAUAGCAUGUUUUUCGAAGACACAACUAAUUCACCUUCAAAACAAUUACAACGCUCCAAUUCAAAAUGCAGUCGCGUAGAUGAAAUUGUUAAUUUAAUAGAAUCUAAAAAACUAACCAAGAGCCUGGAUCGAAUCGACGAAGGCUUAAAUUCCAUGGUCGAUAUAGUCGUGACGACAACACCCAAGAAACAAAUUUGGAAUUACGAGAGGCGACAAAGAUCUAACUCCAGGUCAAACAGCGAAACCGGCAUCGAGCCUUUGAUACCAGUGAACCAGCCGAUCAGUCGAAUCUACGACUUCAAAAACAAGGACGAAGCAAAGGAGCAGAAAUACAUAUCCCACGCCAAACUCAGUUCCGGAUCGUUUGAGAACGGGACCAAUUUCACGAACACUUUCAUUAUGAAGAGGGGGAGUACCGCAGGGUUUUAUUCUGGUACCCAUAUGCUUCGAGACGCUCCGGCUAGCAUGACAAGCCUGGUAAUGACGGGUAGCCACAGUUUCGGAGACCACAAGCGCGCCAUGUCACCGAUAGGUUCGGGCAAUUUCUUGCACAAAGUGACCGAUAUGCCUUCAGGACUCUACUAGAGGUUCGUUUCUGUACGUCUGAUGAUAACCAACGAUUAUUGUAAGCGUAACGUACCUUACUCCUUAGUGCAAUAUUUUUCUAAGACUUAAUUUUAGGAUAACUUUAGAAUCUUUGUAAUUUUGUUUAAACAAAAUUGACAUAAGAUAAGGCACUUUGCUCUCUUUAAUCUCCUAAAUUAUUUGAGUCCACUAUUUAUGUAAGUCUAAAAUAUUUAGUUUA